CCCACAGAAGAUGGUGGAGCCUCGGUACCAGGAACUGAAAAGCAACGAAAUCCCUAAACCCAGUAAGGAGGCCGUGACCAUUGCUGUCAUUUCUGGAGAAGCCCUGGGAGUCAAGGGAUGAUGGCCAGGCAGUGGGAUGCAUUCAUGGUUAAGAGGCUCCGGACGCGCAAGCUCAGCGGCGGUGGCUCACGGCCCCAGCCUCUCCGCGGCAUGUGGGAUCUUCCCGGACCGGGGCACGAACCCGUGUCCCCUGCAUCGGCAGGCGGACUCUCAACCACUGCGCCGCCAGGGAAGCCCCAGACUAAAACCUUUAAAGAUAAGUUUCCCAAAUGCUUUAAACAGAGAAUUAAGAAAUGAGAAGAAAAGAAAGACAAAAGAGGAAUAGCUUGGGAUUUUAGUACCUGUGCAGGCAGUGUUAAUCAGGACCAAAAGAAAAAGGGAAAAGAAAGUAAUUUUACUGAUGGAAUUCAGGUGCAUUAGUUCGGUACAUGCUGAAACAGAUUUAUAGAGAAAUGUUUUAUUCUGGGUUGCCUUGGACCAAUUUAUUUUAAUCCUGUGGAAAUAGAUAGUUUGAGGACAAAAAGGAAUGAUUUGCUUAAUUAAAGUCUCAUUCUAUUUUGAGGGUCUAUUAAUAGUUUAAUACUAUACAUGAAAAGAAACAAAACAGAACUCAGGAAAGAGUGUGCCUAAUGGCGAUAUUCCUUUAUAAGUUGCAAAGCAGCAGUGUGUGCGAUGGAAAAAUUAAGUCCAGAUUUGCUCAAAGUGCAUUUGAGCCUGGCAUUAUCAUCUUUGAGUUAAAUGAACAGAAUUUACAUUUGCUAUUCCAGCAGUUACCAAGGAAGAUCAAAAUUUUAAAAAGCAAUACCUAUUUGCUUUUCAAAAACUGUGUGUGUGUAUGUGUGUGUAUAUAUAUCCAUACAUAUAUGUAUACACACACUCAUGGGAACAGCUUUCAAAUUGAAUUUUAUCUCAGGAUGGAUUAACUGAAAUAGAAUAAUGUACAUAUAGGUUUGGGGUAGUUGCUUAUUCAAGACGUGUUAUAUUGAAACCGUCAAUGAUCUGAUUUUCAGUACAAAAAGGAAAGUAGAAUCCGAAUUCUGUUUUUGGCUAUAGAUGUUGUGAAAAACACCUUCAAAAUGAAUUUCAUAUUUCCCUGUAGCCCUUUUCACACUGUAAGGCAGUAGGAUAUAUUUGUGGCUUUAUAAUGUCUCUCGUUGGCUUGUUUACAAUUUUGUAAACGAAUAUGUAAGUACAGAAUUCUGUGUCUGUGUGUGCAUACGCAUAUCUGUGUCCUUGCAGCAUUAGAGAGAGAGGUUACUGUUUGGGGGACAAUAUGGAUUAGGUUGAGAAGCUAGAGGCAGGAAGAAAAGAGCUCACCAGGAGGGCAAAACUGAUGGCCGAGCUUGAGGGCAAGAGUAGUGCAGUUAGCCAGCAGCCCCCUAUUCACUCCCCACAGCCCUCAUGGCUCUCCCUCGCCCCAGCCACGUUCUCACUUCUCUACAGCUCUAGUCUGAGAAAUCAGAAGGGAAUUUACAAUAUUAAAAAGUGGAGGAAGACAUUAAAAUUUUCUGACUCCAGAUUUCAGAAGCAGAAAUACACUUCAACAUCAGUGAAGUCCCAACACCAGAUUUUCAGAUUGAGUGAACUAAGCCCAGAAGAAGAUAAAGGCUUUGCUAGUCAGCAGGAAAAGCAAUACCAGCAUCAGAGGCUCCUGGUUUCCAGGCCGGGAUACUGCAGCGGCCCCGGAGGCAGAGAAGUAAUUUUAGAAGUCUUCAUCAGGCAAAACCAGAUCCUUUCCAGAUGGUGCCUUACACACCUCAUGAUGCUAGAGGAUCGGACCCUGCAUCCCGCGGGUGCUGCCCUUGUUUCAUGUGUGAUCCAAGCUCUUCAGAUUGAUUGGGAAUCUUUGGCCUCAGAAAAGUGCACAAAUGACGUGUACAGCUCAGAGGAUUUUCACCAAGUGAACUCAUCCGUGAAAUCAAGAAACAACAUUGCCAGGCUCCAGAAGCCCCCUUUUAAACCCCAUUCAGUUACUAACCUUCCCAAGUCCAAGAGUUACACUCACACACCAACUUUAUAUUUGGACUUCAGAUUGGGCCAAGGAGCAAAGCAUUCCCAGCCUAUUCCUAAAGGGUGGACAAGCUUCAUUUAUACCAUAUCUGGAAAUGUGUAUAUUGGACCUGAUGACACGCAACAAAAAAUAGAACCUCAUCACACAGCCGUGCUGGGGGAAGGUGACAGUGUCCAGGUGGAGAACAAGGAUCCUGAGAGAAACCACUUCGUCCUGAUUGCUGGGGAGCCAUUAAGAGAACCAGUUGUUCAACAUGGUCCAUUUGUGAUGAACACAGAUGAAGAGAUUUCUUAGGCCAUUCUUGAUUUCAGAAAUGCGAAAAACGGCUUUGAAAGAGCCAAAACCUGGAAAUCAAGGAUUGGAAACUAGUGACAAGCGCAAGGGCAGGUCUGGCUGCCUUGUAGAAUUUUGCCCUUUGUGGCAUCCACCUGUUCAGUGCAUCCAUUUUCCAAAGCUGACUUCGCCAGUGCUUCUGAAGAAUUCCACACUCAAGUGAUGACAUGUUUUCUAUAGCAACGUCUGUGAGAUAUUUCCUGGCCCAAGCAAAUAAACCUAAUUGUUGCUUCUUUAAAAAUCAGUGUUCUUCAUUUCAAUCUAAGUUACUUCUGUUAAAAAAAUUAUUUUGUCUAUGUUUUCCUUUUCAUGGGCAUGUGGACAUUUUGUCGUCUUUGUGCCUGUGUGUUUUUUAAAGCACAUUUGAUUACUUUCUGUGUGUCACUGAUGGAGGUGCGUGAGCAUCUGAGGUCUCUUUCUGAGCAACGCAGUUUCGAUGCCUAUGUGCUGGGGUUUCAUGUUACAGGUUAUCUCCGUGGGUAAAGUAACAGCAGUUCUGAGCGUUCCAGUCAGUUUUCAAAACUGCCCUGCUAUUGGUAGGGACACGACAGGAUUACGGCCAAGACUUCCCUGCUUUUUCUGCCAAAAUGUGUGUCAGAUUUAAGACAACAUGCUCCUGCAAGCUUCCAUGAGGGUUGUGAAAAAAGUUUGAAUCCACAACUGGGUCCCAGCCUCCUGUAGCUGCAAACAUUGGUGGCCAAACCACCUCCUUCUAAAACAACUCAAACCUGGGGCACAGGGGGGGAAGAUUUUUUUUUUUUUAGUUUGCUGGAAAUGAGAUGGACUUAGAGGCUUUCUCAUUUCAAGUAGAAGACAUAUCCACUUCCUGAUUAUUUUGGGAGCGCACGAACAUUUAAACUUUUUUUCAGUUCUCUCCCCCCCCAUAAGAUUGUGCAGAAACGUACCUUGACUAAUUGAUUUUGAUCACAACUGAUUAUUUGUUUUCCCCUGUGAACUCCUGGGGUUUCGAACUUUCCUUCUGGAGAAUAUGCCUUUUGAACCAGUUUGCUCUAGCUGCCUGAGGUCAACUGCUUGGUAAUCAGUGGAUAUUAGAAUAUUCAAAAUGUACAGACAGUGGGCAGUGGUGAAUAUUUUCAUGAUGUCUUCUCUGCAGUUGGUGCAGAGCUCCAGUUAUGAACAUGGACCAGUGAAGGUAGGUGAGCUCAAUUUUUCAUGUGAUGCAGAUUUUUAAGUUGGCUUAUACAGAGGAUGUUCUUUCUUUGCCGCCACUAUUUUUGAGACAAUAUAAAAAUGCAUAACACUCCUCGUAGUGGGCAGGAUAUAUUCUGUACUUGUUAAUGAGUAUUCUGUUUCUUAGGCUUACUAAGAUUCUUGCCAUGAGUUUUUGAAAACGCUGGGGGUGGGGGCUUUUGGAGUUGUAAUAGGACAUGAAAGUUUCCCCUCAACUGUAUAUGCAGAUAGCACAGUGAUUUUUUUUUAUUUGAAACAAAUUGAUUUACAAGGUUGUGUUACUUUCUGCUGUACCACAGUGAUUUUCUCAUGAAGCAUUGACUUGUUUUUACGACACAGAUAACUUUGGGGGCUGUUUCUUUUCAGGUCACCUGUGAGCUAGUUUAGUUAGUUAAUUUCUUCUGGGAACUGAAAACUGCCAUGCUUUCUACAGAUGUUUUCUAUCUGGUUUUCCAAAUUACCCAUUGCCACCAUCUAGAAAAAUCUUUUCUCUGAAGUCGUUUUGGUCCUUUGCUUUUUGAAACGUGUGUAAAACUCAACCAUAAUCAAAUCUUUGAUUCUAUGAGCAAGCGUCAGAUAGAGCCCAAUGAAUUGAGAGUAAUGAAAAAAGAUUAACUGGGAUGUUACUGUCUGAGCACUAUUUCGCCCAGUUUUAUUGUAUUUCAUAGACUGUACUAUUUUUCUCAGCUUUUGAUUUUGAAAAUGAUUCAGAUAUAAUUGUUUUGACUGAAGUGGUGCUAAAUCAUUAUUGAUUUUGGAAUUUCUGGCCGUGAGCAAUCAAAGUGGACUUGAGUUUUUGUAGCUGUCAUUAGGAAAUGCAUUUUCAACAAGGGUGAUAUCGCCCCCAACAGGGGAAAAUUGGUCCUUGGGGGUGAAAACGUCUUACUCUUAUGUAUAAAGCACAGAUGUACUUACACUACAGAAAGAGAUACACAGUAUUUCUGCGAAGGUUGAACUCUGUGUUAGGGGUAGAGAGUCACCUUGCCCAACAAGCGACACCUUUCUAACUUUCCAAAUUCCAAACGGACGCGAGAGAGAUCACCGUCGUUCAGCUCCACUUCUUUGCCACCAGCCUGGAUGUGGGAUCUCAAUGCCAGAUCGCAGGUAAAAGGGAAUCUCAUUUUGAGCCUAGGGGACAGGAGAAAAAAAAAUCAGACUUGUUUGAAGUAAGUAAGGCUUUUCAGGCUGUUCAGCUGUCUUUAAGUCCACCCAACCCCUGGCUCAAUUAAAUCUUUCCGAUGCGAAGGAAAGACGUGCGUACAGUUAAACAGAAGUUCGGGCGUAGAUACGAGUGGGUGGUGAGGGCUAAGGAGGUAUAUCAUAUUGGUUAUUAUACAUUUCCUUUUCCCCCGUAACUUUCUCUUAAGAGAAAAAUCCAAGAAGAUAUGUGUUUCUUAAUGUUAAUGUUCUUCUUGUUUAAAUCAAAAUUGAGUAUGAAAGCAUAUUCAAGAUGGUAAUGGUUUGGACACUGGGAUAUGAAUGUAUUUUGUGCAUUUUGAGAUAAAAAUGUUUCAUUUAUUGUAAGACGUGUCCAGGGUCCUCCUUGGUGGUCGGUCCGUGAGCGUGUUCUUCUCUCCACCCUCCCCUCUUCUAACCACCUCUUUUCCCAAAAGGAUGGCAAUGAUGCCAAUUCUAUCGCGAGGUUGCCCUUCCCCCACAGUGGUCACUUUCUAGCCUUGAACAUCCUCCUAUUUUUUCAGCUUAGACUAGCAGUGCCUCUAGUACAGUUACACAAGUCUGUGAACAUUUUUUUUUCUGCAGUAACCAUGCAAAAGGCUACCAAUACCCUGCAGAAUUGCUCUCAAAGCCAUUUGAGUGUAAGGCAUCCUGAUUUCAUUAGUCUUGCUAGCUGUACUUAGGACAGCUGUUUGGGGUCAGUAGUGCAUGGAAUUUGUGAACUGAGAUGAAUCUGUUGGAAAAUCUCAACUCAAAUCUACUGUGCGUACUGUUUAGCUGCUAAGUUUUUCAAUCAUCUAAGCAGAACGUGUUUUCUUCUAGAAAUAAGAUUAACCCAGUGCCUCUUUCUGGCUCACUAGUAUAAUCAGAUUAACCACCUAGAUAUGGCAUUUAUUUCUGUGUCUGUUUUCUCCAGCUUUUAUAUAUGUUGGUGUAAUCAUAUACAGUUGCACAGAGCGUGCACUGCACAACUCUAGGAUGCUCCAUCCACAUAGUCUCACGUCUGUAUGUGACAGCCCUGAGUACAAUAGUGUAGACAUUCUGGGCGUUUGAUAAAUAAAUACCUGCAACCUCACUGUCCUGUCAUUCACAUCGACCUUCUGACCAGCACUGUUUCUGGUGUAUUUGAUAAGCAUUGUUUGUCACCAGGAACCUUGGCACCCCCUUAAGUCACUAGGGGAAGCCAUUGCCAUAAAUCUCUUCAAAGUCACUGAUGCAGACAUACCAGGAGAGUGACGAAGGAUUAAUUCCGGGUCCUGGUAGGCUUGCCCCACUCUUCUCUGACGGAAUUUGUCUCCUUCUUCCCCACAUGACCUUUCAGCCCCCUCUUUCAUCACUUCAGUGGUGGAAGACUGUUGCUGAGUGGUGGAGUUGUUCAAACUCGGCCUGAGACUGGAAUAAAUCCAAGAUCCACAGGAAUGUGGGACACCUCUAAGUACCGUGUGAAGCCACAUGGCUCACGAGACUUCAUAAUCUUUGUGUCACUUGCCUUCUCCUGAAAUUGUCUCUAAAGGGAAUUGAAUAACAAGGACUAAGAUGCACCUUCCAUAUUUAAUUCCAGGAAGCGGACCCGCCCCCACUGCUCUCCCUACGGUCGUGCACAGGGAAGUCCAUUGACUUCGUUGCUAGUCAGAUGGCCCAACGAGCUCGUGCCCACUUUCGUAUCAGGCACCAUCCUUGGCACAAAAUACAUUUGAAAUGUUUUCCAUUAAUUUCUUCUUCAUUUAUGACCUUAUAGGUAAAUGCGUUGCAUUACAUGCUUCUGUACACAGAUCUUUUCUAUCCUUAACUGGUGGUUGAAGCUUUUAUAUCACUUUAGCCUAUUAUUGCUAUUCAGGAUACAGUAGGACCCUCUGUAUCUUAUAGCUUGAAUAUACUACUUCCUUGUAUGACUUAUUUUUUAAUUUACAACCCCUGAUUUGGGGAAUUCCCUGGAAGUCCAGUGGUUAGGACUCCACGCUCUCACUGCCCAAGGCCCAGGUUCACUCCCUGGUCAGGGAACUAGGAUCCCACAGGCUGCGUGGUGUGGCCAAAAAAAACAACCACCUGAUUUGGACUUGGCGGAUUAGCCUUUAGACCCCUAAAAGCUCUAGAAAAAAGAUCACAUUAAAGCUGUAUGUUGAGCGAGUUUCGUUAAGGAACUGCUCUUCGGACAGUCUUAUAAAGAUAAUUUAUGGAAUGAAAAUGCAGUAUUUGGACACACGAAUGCUUCCAUGUAGGAUGUAACGUAGGACGAUCUGGAACUCCCAGGCACCUUUAUCAUUACCACAGUGGCCUAGAGGUAGUAGAGGAAGAGGGACACAAGUGACAGUAAAUUGUUUCUGAGCACCUUUCUAAGCUCAGCUCUUUCCCACCACUUGAGAUUAACAGAGAGAGGGUGGGAAACUAUCCACAAUUGGGAAAGUGAUUGAGAUGAGGUGAGAUGAGACAUUUCUUUUUUUUUUUU